GCGGGGCGGCAGGCGCCGGCGGGCGGGAUGCUGCGGGCGGCGCUGCGCCUCGUGCCGACGCUGUGGAGCCACGCGCGGCCCCGGGGGCCGGACCUGAGGCGGCUGUGGGGGCGCGGGGCCCGCCCGGAGGCCGCGGGGAGAAGACGGGCCUGGGGCUGGGACUGGCGGCGCUGGAGCUCCGAUCCGGGGCCCGGGGCGGCGCACUACCAGCUCGUCUACACCUGCAAGGUCUGUGGGACUCGGUCCUCCAAGCGCAUCUCCAAGUUAGCCUAUCACCAGGGUGUGGUCAUUGUGACCUGCCCUGGCUGCCAGAACCACCACAUCAUCGCCGACAACCUGGGCUGGUUCUCCGAUCUGGAUGGGAAGAGGAAUAUUGAAGAAAUCCUGGCUGCCAGAGGGGAGAAGGUUUGCCGAGUGGCCAGUGAGGGGGCCCUGGAGCUGGUGUUAGAGGCUGCAGGGGCCCCCAAAUCCACUGCUGCUCCAGAAGGGGAUGAGGACCAGGAUGCCACCCACUCUGGCAAGACAGAGCCCAGCUGACCCCACCUUCUGCCUUUGAGAAGGAUGCUUCAGCCGUGGGCCUCUCUGUACUUGGCCUGUUUUCUAUCAAUAAACAGACAUUGCUUGCA